CACCUCACGGUCAUGUAAACGCGCACGUACGCGUCAUUUCUAGGGUUUGGUUAGUUAUCGAUACUUGAGAAUCAUUUAUAUACAGUAUGGUUUAAUAUAUAGAUUUGUGUAUGCUAUAAAUUGUAAAUGUAAUUCCAGUUACUUUUCAAAUAUUCUUGUUUACCAAAUACGUCUACUAGAAAAAAGAGAAAAAAUUAUUUUUAAGUUUGUAGCUGCGUAAUAUAAUAGAGCGUAUCGAAAUCGAUAAAUCCAAACCUAAGAUAUCAAAGUUUAAAAGUAUUGCCAUAUAAUUGCUAUACUUAGAUUUUUAUUUAAUAUAAUGGUAAAUGGUAAAACGUUCACUGUUUAUUUAAUUUAAAACAAGGAUAAAAAAACGUUUAAAAUUAUAUUAAACCAAUUAAUGUAAUUCAAAAGCAAGUCAUAAAAAAAUCUAAAAUGACUACAAAUGAAAGUGACUCACAGCCUAAGACGAAGAAACCUUCUGAUAGUGCUUUUAAACAACAACGUUUACCUGCUUGGCAACCAAUAUUAACUGCUGGAACUGUACUACCUACCUUCUUUGUGAUAGGAAUUGCCUUUAUACCAAUUGGUGUUGGACUUUUGUAUUUUUCAGAUGAAGUUAAAGAGUAUGAUAAAGAUUAUACAAACUGUUACUCAAUUAAUCCAGCACACAAUGGUCAAAAGUGUAUGGAUAUAAUUAAUGCAAAUCCCAAAGAAAAUUGUCAGUGUAAAAUAGAUUUUACAUUGAAUAAUGACUUCAAUGGAAAAGUCUACAUGUAUUAUGGAUUGACAAACUUUUAUCAAAAUCAUCGUCGUUAUGUAAAAUCUCGAGAUGAUACUCAAUUACUAGGUCAACUAAGUGAUGUAGUUUCAACUGAUUGUGAACCUUUUGCUUAUGUAGACACUAAAAAUGGUACAAAAGCAGUAGCUCCAUGCGGUGCUAUUGCAAAUUCUCUCUUUAACGAUGAUUUAAGUUUAUUCUCUCACAAACAUAAAAAGGAUGUACCAUUACUAAGAACAGGCAUUGCAUGGCCUUCUGAUAAGAAUAUAAAGUUUAAAAAUCCUCCUGGAAAUUUAAAGGAUGAAUUUUCCAAGUAUGAAAAACCAAAGAAUUGGAAGAAACCUGUAUAUGAAUUGGAUCCUACAAAUGAUGACAAUAAUGGAUUUAAAAAUGAGGAUUUAAUUGUGUGGAUGAGAACAGCUGCAUUACCCACAUUCAGGAAAUUAUAUCGAAGAGUGGAUCAUAGUCAGGAAGGAUUUUUGGAUGGCUUAAUGAGUGGAAAUUAUACAUUAAAUAUUAAUUACACUUAUCAAGUUUCAGCUUUUGAAGGAACAAAAAAAAUGAUUCUAAGUACAACUUCUUUAUUAGGAGGCAAAAAUCCGUUUCUUGGUAUUGCAUACAUAGUAGUCGGAUGUGUAUGCUUGCUGCUAGGAAUAGUAUUAUUGAUUAUUCACAUCAAAUGUUCAAAGAGCAAACUCAUCUAAAGGACCAAACAUGCAAAAAUAGGACUGUGUAAAUGUCCUUCACCAGUGACAUAAUCAACGUUAAUCCAACUACCCCUUAUCAGUGAAGUGAUUUAAAACGCCUUUCCACGAAUAUCUCUUUGAAGGUAUUACAUUCAUUCUUCAAUCUAACAAGAAUAUUGUUUUUUUUAACAAAAUUAGUUGAAUUUUUAAUUAGAUAGCACUUGUAGAAAAGUAAGAAACAAGUUCAAAAAUAUUCACACGUGACAUCUUUUAAAUAUUGUCCAUUAGUUUUACAUGUAAUGAUUUUUAUUAUUUUUGUUACGUAUCAGUGAAUGUUAAAUUUUAAUUUUGCAGUUUUUAAAAAGCAAAAAGUAGAAAUGAAGAAAUUCAAGAAGCAGUUUAAUGACUACUUAAAAUUUUUUAAUAAUUUUCUUCGAUUUGUUUCCAGUUGAUUAGCAAUCAAAUUUUUAUUUCGAUUAUUCAACGGCAAUCUAAUUAACAAAUGCCAUAAUGCAUUAUAAGUAAGGAAAUGAAAAGAUACUUUCUUCGUUAUUGAACAUAAUUAAGUUUACUGUGUUAUAGAGUCUAUAAGAGGCCUUAAUUUUGAAAAUGGACUUAUUUCAUUCAAUAUCUACCUUAUAAGUAUUGAUAGUUUGACUGUUCUGAUCACAUCAAUAAUUUCGUUUUAGUUUUCACUAUGUUUAUUAUGAAUUCUUUAAAUGUGAUCAUUUACAAUACUGUAUUUGUGUAUAUACAUAUGUAAGCUUAUUCAUUAAUUACAGCACGCAAUUCUACUAUGAAAGUAAAAAUAAAUGUAAUGCAUACCAAAUGUUGUAUAAACAAAUUACGAGAAAAAAUUAUAUAAUGUCGAUUACACCCAGGAUUAUUAUUUAUAAUAGAUUAAAUAUUGUAAAAUAUUUUAUGUGAAUUUUCAAUAAAUAAUAUCUUUUGUCACAGUACUUGAGUUUGUAUUAAAAUAUCUAUUUUGUUUGUAAAAUGUUUUGAAAAAUAAAUAAAAAAAAUGUUAAUGCUCAAAAUUAUUUAACGUU